AAUAAAAGGUGGGCGGGUGACAGGGGACGGCCCGCUAAAGGUGCCUCUGCCCUCUGUUAUCAUCAACACUCAUAAUCGAAUGUUUUCAGUGCUAUCAGUGGUUUUAUUUAUCGUCUUUAUAAAUUUAUAAUAUCAUUUCCCCCCAAAACAUUGUAAACAAACAAAGUAAUGGGCAAUAGCAGCUAGUCAAACUGUCAAAGUUCACUAUAGUUCGCCAUCAGACGCCAAAUCCCAAUCUCCACAUUUGGUAUUUCGUGUCACUAUGAUGUCUGAAUCCGAUGGGUAUAAUACAGAAGAAGAGAAAAGGAGAAAUUUGACAAAAAAGAGAAAACUAAAUUAUGAUCACAAGUACAAUACAUUAUGGGAAAAUGAAUACACAUGGAUAUGUUCAAGUACAAAAGGCCCACAUUUUUUCAAAUGUAAAGGUUGUCGAAGUGACUACAAAGGAGGUAUUGCAUCUGUCAAAAAACACGAAUCUACGUCAAAACAUGAAAAAAGUAUGUCCUGUUCAAAAUUACCUUCCGUCCGUGAUCUGGCAAGUACUAAAAAUCAUUUAGUUGCAAAAAAAAAAAUAGAAAUUGCUGAAAUUAAAAUAGCUUCAUUUAUAGCCGAACAUAAUAUUUCUAUUAAUUCAGUUGAUCAUUUGGUUAAAAUGUUAUUGUCCUUAAAACUUAAUGAAGAUUCUUCAAAAAUUACGUGCAAUCGUACAAAAUCAACAGCCAUAAUUAAUAAUGUUAUCGGUUUAACUGAUUUUGAUAACAUUAUUAAUGAAAUGAAAACGAAUAAAUUUUCGUUAAUGGUGGAUGAAUCCACUGAUAUUAGUUCCAUUAAACAUAUUGCCCUAGUUGUAAGAAUGAACAUUGAUUGGAAUAUAAAAGACAAGUUUUUAAACCUUAUGCCUUUAUCUGAUGCCACUUCUAAAAAUAUGUAUUUUGUUAUCAAAAACUUUUUUAUUGAGCACCAAAUACCAUAUCAAACAAAUAUGAUUGGUUUUGCUUCUGAUGGAGCUAAUUCUAUGAUGGGAUUAAAUAAUUCGUUGAAAACAUUACUUCAAAAAGAUAUACCAAAAUUGUUUGUAAUGAAGUGUGUGUGCCAUUCAUUAGCUCUGUGUGCAAAUUAUGCAUGUACAAAACUUCCUGUUGAAGUAGAGACGUUAAUCAGGGAUAUCUACAAUUUUAUGCACCAGAGUUAUAAAAGGCAAACUGAAUUUCAGGAAUUCCAAAUAUUUUAUGAUUUAAAACCAAAUAAGUUGUUACAACCAUCACAGACUCGUUGGCUAUCAGUCAAUGCUGCUGUAAAACGUGUUAUAGAGCAGUUUACAGCAUUAAAGGCAUACUUUACACUACAAAAUUUUGAAAACGAUAAGUUGGCUACCCAUGCUUGUAAAAAUAUUUAUAAAUGUUUAAACAAUCCAAUUUUUAAACUUUAUUUUGAAUUUCUUGAAUAUAUAUUACCUGUUAUAACUGAUUUGAAUGCUGAAUUUCAAUCAGAAAAACCGAAAGUAUAUCUUUUAUACUCACGUAUGGCUGAAACGUACAAAUUCAUCCUGAGCUGUUACAUAAGAGACAAUAUUUUAAAAUCUAUUGACAUAAGUGAACUACAAUACAGAAAUCCUGUUAAUUUUAAACCAAAUGAGGAAAUUUAUUUUGGACCUAAAGUAGCUGCAGCUUUAUCCAAUAAUGUUUUAAAUGCCAUCGAUAAAUUGUUUUUUCAAACCAAAUGUCUUGAAUUUUACAUUGAGUUGGCCAAACAAAUAUUUACAAGAUUCCCAUUUAACAGCAAUGAAAUGAAGAUUUUAAAAGGAAUGUCAUUUCUUGACCCUAAAAAUGUUGGUAACGUCGAAUCAUUAGGACCUAUAGCACAGUAUUUCAAUAAUUUAAUACCUGAUGUCAACAGUUUGGAUAGAGAAUGGCGAUUGUUUAAAUCAAGAGAAUUAGCAGCUCCUUAUAGUAAAGGUCAAGAUAUAAAUAACUUUUGGAAAACAAACUUAAGUGUUACAAAAGGUGAUGAUGAGUUGUUAUUUCCUAUGUUAAAUGAAUUUUUUUCAUAUUUAUUUGUACUACCGCAUAGUAGUGCGUGUGUGGAAAGAGUUUUUAGUUGUAUAAGUUUAAAUAAAACUAAAACUAGAAAUAGAUUGUCUACAAAAACAUUGUCUGGUUUAUUACACUCUAAACAGUUGAUAACAAGUUAUGGUAAUAAUUGUUUUGACUAUGAUAUAACUGAUGACAUGUUAAAAAAGCUCAAUAAUUCAAUGUAUACCUAAGUAAUUCUAUUAUAUAUAUAAUAUAUAAUUCUUAAAUUAUAUUUGUUAAAU